AUGUCUGUAAAACAAAAUCACAAUCUUAUCAAAAAUGAUACAGUAGGUGUUUGUGAAUGGUCACAUGAUGAACAAACCAGUUUAGAUAAAGAGUUAUUGGUACUACAACAACAAGGAAAAAAAGUUAAUGAUAUUACAUCAAUUCUCAAAAUCUCAAGUGGAUUCCCAACAAAAUCAAUUCAACAAAUUACUAGUAGAAUUAAAUGGUGUCAAAUUCCAUCUCAUUCUAGACCUUCUUGGGAAGAUUAUUGUCAAAAUGAGAAUUAUUAUUUACAAUUACUUGAACAACAAACACAACAAUAUUAUAAUUCAAGACCUCAAACAAUUACAACAUCAAAAGAGGUUUGUCUUCCAACAACAUCAACUAGGUCAGAUAAUACUGGUAAUCAAUUUAGAAGAAGAAGAUAUUCAAUUCAAGGUGAAACAUCUGAAGAUGUUUCUCCAAGGAUUCAUAAACAAAGAACAAGAACAAAUACAUCUGGAGAUAUUGGUGUACAAGGAAUUCCACAAACCCCAACACAACCAGUUCAUAAAAAUUCUACUAGUACUAUUAUGAUUGGUAGUUAUAAUUCUACUCAUUCUCCUAGAACUUAUAGAUCACAUUCUCCAUUUAUUUUAUCUGUAUUCCAAUCUUCUAUUACAAAUACAAUUAAUUCAUUAAAUCAAAUGUCACAAGACAAUGAAUCAAUAUUAAAUACUUUAGAAAAUCAAGCUAAAAAUUCUUCAUCACAAAUAGAUGGUAAUUUAGUUGUUCAAUUUGUAAAUAAUGCAAAUUCAAUUAUUACUCAAACAAAAACAUUAUCAUCUUCUAUAUUACCAUUCUAUUCUCAAGUAAUUGAAUUACCAAAUGAAUUAAAAUCUAUUGUUUAUCCAAUAAUACAGUCAGACAUAGGAUUACAAUAUACUCCAGAAUCAAUACCUCAAAAUAUUCAACCUAUUACUCAAAGGGCAAUGAGCUUACCUUGUAGUAAUAUAUCCCCAAUGUCAUCUGUAAGUGGCUCUAUUCAUAUUUCUCAAUAA